ACGGGAGCGCGCAGCCGUGAUUGUUGUGAAGAUGGCGGAGGAGGAGGCUGAGAGAGAAUACAACAGGAGAGAAGAAACCGUGGCCCUGAAAAAACGGUUCCAGGAUUUAACCACGGUGCUACGAGACAGCACAGACUCGGCGAUAGACGCCUCCGCUAGCUUCUGCCACGGAUUUUGUCAGAUACUUGUGGAACAUGGAGGCCAAUGGAAGUCAGAGGAAGAUCCACUGCCUUUGCUGGAGAUGUACACAGUGGCUAUAUUGUGCUUUGCUGAGGCUACCCCCUUUCUUUUUCCUGAAUGUGAACAUGUCAUGGUUGUCCUUGAGAAAUUAGCUUUGAGUUGUCUGGAUUUUCUGCUCGCCCUCUUGGACAAAAUACCAACUACACUAUGGGAAGAAUUUCAGUCUUCUGUCAAGGUGGCACAUGGUAUUCUUCAGGACAAUGGGAAAUUGCAGCUUAGUAUACUGAUGACUCUAGCAAAUGAAAGUGGGGUUUGGACCAACACCACUCUGUGUCACAUACUCUCAAACAACAUGCCUGAUGUUGAAAAAGUUCAUGAGCUCCUAGCUCGGGAGGGACCUACACUGCUUGAUAUGCGGAUAAAACACCUUAUCAAACAAAAGUGUGUGGAAAAAGCUGCAGUGCUUGCAAAAACAUGUGCAGAGUUUCCUGAAUUUUGUGGAAAGAAGAAUUUCAAGCAGAUUUACCUUGUUUGUCUGUGUGAGACAAUGUCACAACAAGAACUCAUGCAAGAGAUAAAGGAGAUUGACUGCAAAGAUGCUUUGGAUAUGAUCUGUAACCUAGAAUCUGAGGAAAAUGAAAAAGGUGCCCUGAGCCUUUGUACUGCUUUUUUCAAGCGCCAGCUUCUACAAGGGGAUGUGUACUGUGCCUGGGAAUUGACACUGUUUUGGAGUAAGCUUCUGAUUCGUCUGGAAUUAGCACAGGCAUUUUUGGAUCAAUGCAGAUUGUUAGCACAACUCUCCGGCAGUGUUUACCACAUUCUUCUUCUCAUUAAAGUUAUUCAAGCAGAGGUUCAGAAUGAAGGACUUCCAGUGUGCAUCGAAAUGUGCAUUCAAGCUCUGAAAAUAGGAGUGAGUGACAAUGAAGACUGUAACACAACUAUCUGCAAAACUAUCUCCUGCUUGUUGCCCUUAGACUUGGAAGUAAGCGGGCAUGCCAGUUAACAGAGUUCCUUGUUAAGCCCACUGUGGAUUCCUACUAUGCGGUUGAAACACUUUUUAAUGAACCUGACCAGAAACUUGAGGAGGAAAGUCUCCCGAUUCCAAAUUCACUACGCUGUGAUUUGUUGUUGGCCUUGAAAACACAGUGGCC